GAAGUUGUGCGGUUCUUAGAUACCAAACAUCAAGAACACUAUCAAGUCUACAAUCUAUGCAGUGAAGGAGCUUAUAAUCCCAAGUACUUCCAUGACAGGGUCCAGCGAAUCAAGAUUGAUGAUCACAAUGUCCCCAGUCUAAGUGAGAUGGUGGCAUUCGCCAAGGAAGUGGAUGAGUGGAUGUCUCAAGAUGACAAAAACAUCGUAGUGAUUCACUGUAAGGGAGGCAAAGGAAGAACUGGAACGAUGAUUUGUGCCUACCUUAUUGCCAGUGGAAUAUUUACAACUGCAGAGGAGAGCCUUUAUUAUUUUGGAGAACGGCGAACAGAUAAAAGCACCAGCACUAAAUUUCAGGGAGUUGAAACCCCUUCUCAGAAUAGAUACGUUGGAUAUUUUGCAGAUGUGAAAAAUAUCUACAACAUGACUCUCCCUCCAAGAAAAACACUCAAGAUUAAAAAUAUCAUUAUUCAUUCAAUUCAUGAGCUGACUGUUCUCCUGCUUCAAGAAUGUCCGGAGAGAGACUGGGAUCUGCCAUCAUGCAGGGAGGCAGGAAAAUUAGAUCUUCCAUCUCUGGGACUUAAGAAAUGAAGGGGAAGGGGAGGGGGAGAACCAUCCUCAAGUCUUUAAUUCUCCAUCAACCACCCCACUUCCUGCGCAGCUCACAGGGGAUGUGGCAG